AUGGAUAACAACAGCGAAUCCAACAAGAAGGACGUCAACGUCUUGGUCAGUACCUUCGCGGGCCUGGGCCCGUCAACCUUGGUCCUCAGAGUACCCUCUUCAACACCACUAUCCGAUCUACGCCACCAACUCGACGAACGGCUGCCUGCGACGGAGAACCGACUGAUUUUGACGACUGUUUCGAACAAAGAACUAUCUCCCUUCGCUACAAAUCCAGUGUCUGACCUGCUCUCCGCCGACGAUGACUUCGUCUCGCUGCGCCUUUCAGUGCCGCUUUGCGGUGGCAAGGGUGGUUUCGGAUCCCAGCUGAGAGCUGCGGGUGGUCGCAUGUCCUCCAAGAAGAAGCGCAACCAGGGCGACGCCAACAACUCCAGCAGAAAUCUUGACGGCCGCCGGCUGCGGACUGUCACGGAAGCCAAGGCUUUGGCUGAGUACCUCGCCAUCAAGCCGGAGAUGGAGAAGAAGGAGAAGGAGAAGCGUCGCGAGAGAUGGCAACAGAUCGUCGAACAGGCAGAAAAGCGCGAGGAUGAGAUCAAGAAUGGCGGAAAGGGCCGUCUGGAUGGCAAGUGGGUUGAGGACAAGGAAGAGUCGAAUGAGAGGACUCGCGAGGCUGUUCUUGCCGCGAUGAAGGCUGGCAACUACAAAGACAAUCUGCUGGGAACAUCGCAAGGAUCCACGGGCUCUGAAGAGACUGAUGAGGCUAUGACGAGCGACGAUGAGGAGGAAGAGGGUGGCAGUUCAAAGGAGUCAACCCCUCCUUCUGAGCCAGCGAAGGCCCCUCAAAACAAGCCCAGAAAGUUUUUCGGAUUCGAUGAGGACGACGAGUUCAUGAGCUCAGACGAGGAUGACGAAGAUGCCAAGGGAAAGGGAAAGGCUAAGGCAAAGUGA